CAGAACCACCGUUUCUAAAUUCUGAGGUUAGAGCUUGUGAGAGAGUUGAUGGCGACACGGUCUACAUCAACGGCAGGAGGUGGUGGUGGCAAAGCGGCAAGCAAUCCAGAUGGGACGGCGAAGGCAACUGUGGCUGAUCAGAUAUCUCAGGCCGUUCAAUCCACUUCAAAUCUUCUUCGUCUAAUGCAGGAAUCCUCUCCUUCCCAGGCCCUCCUACUAAAGCUUCCAACUAACCUUUUAGCAAAGACCUCUACCAUCAAGAAUACUGGGCAUGUUCUGGAGCAGAUGCCUCGGGUCAUCUCAUCCGUGGAUGCACAUAUGGAAAAUGGAUUGCACAGUGUUCCUCAACUGAAGACUGUAUUCCAGUUGCUUUGUAAUAUGGAAAGCUCCCAGCUUAGUUAUGGCUCUCAAGUUCAUCAGUCCCAAGAGUAUGCAGGUUUUGAAACUUGAUCACAGUAGUUUUUGAAAUGAGUUGUUGCUGCUGACCUACCACUUCAAAGAAAACAAAAAUAACGUUGGUUUUCACAUGUUGGAUUGCUUUCCUCUAGAAGAACUCGUCGGAGCAAGACAAGUGAGAAAAGGAACA